GCCUCCUGUUCACUCAAGAAACAAACUGGACUCUGCAUUUUACUAAGAAAGAGUAAUAGAGAAAACCUCGCAAAAAACAGCACCACAAUCCACCCAUGGCUUCCUCUACCAUUGCUCCAACCCCCACAUCUUUCAUGCUCAGUAAGAAUGAUUUGGGGUUCUCCGCUUUUUCGGCAACGUCACUGUUUUCGAUUCCUGAAAGCAGGAGAACGGUUUCCAAGAAAAUUUGUUCGCUGAUGGCACCGCAGCAAUCGGAACGCAAGCCUUCCACCACUGGCUCAGUCAAGACUGCGAUGACGAUGACCGAGAAGAUAUUGGCCAGGGCUUCCGAGAAAACCCAGUUGAGCCCCGGUGAGAAUGUUUGGGCGAAUGUUGACAUUUUGAUGACCCAUGAUGUUACUGGCCCAGGUUCGAUCGGAAUCUUCAAGAAAGAAUUCGGAGAGAACGCCAAGGUUUGCGACCGGGAAAAGAUUGUAAUAAUACCUGACCAUUACAUAUUCACGAGUGAUGAACGUGCAAACCGUAAUGUGGAUAUAUUGAGGGAUUUCUGCAUGGAGCAAAAUAUCAAGUACUUCUAUGAUAUUAAAGAUCUUAGUAAUUUUAAGGCUAACCCAGAUUACAAAGGUGUAUGCCAUAUUGCUCUUGCACAAGAAGGCCAUUGCAGGCCUGGAGAGGUCCUGCUGGGUACAGACUCUCACACUUGUACAGCUGGAGCGUUUGGCCAAUUCGCUACUGGAAUUGGCAAUACUGAUGAAGGUUUUGUGUUGGGCGCUGGGAAGCUGCUGCUCAAGGUGCCCCCAACUCUUAGAUUUGUGAUGGAUGGUGAAAUGCCAAGUUAUUUGCUUGCAAAAGAUUUGAUUUUACAAAUUAUUGGUGAAAUAUCUGUAUCUGGUGCGACCUAUAAAUCUAUGGAGUUUGUGGGCACAACUGUUGAAAGUUUAACUAUGGAAGAAAGGAUGACGUUAUGCAGCAUGGUUAUUGAAGCUGGUGGAAAGAAUGGUGUUGUUUCUCCUGAUAGCACUACAUAUAAGUACCUUGAGGAUAAGACCUCUGUGGUCUAUGAACCAGUUUAUAGUGAUGAACAAGCAAGAUUUCUUUCUGAGUACAGAUUUGAUAUCUCAAAACUGGAACCGCUGGUAGCAAAGCCUUAUUCUCCUGAUAAUCGGGCUUUAGCAAGAGAAUGCAAAGAUGUGAAAAUUGACAGAGUAUAUAUCGGAUCUUGUACAGGAGGAAAAACGGAGGACUUUAUGGCUGCAGCCAAAGUUUUCCUAGCUUCAGUAAGAACCCAUAUAUCUUUGUUGUAUAUGUUGGACAAUUCUUUUCUACUUAUACGCUGGCAUGGAUUAAAGUCUAAAUAUAAUGUUCUUUUUUAA